GCCGCCGCGCCGCCGGAGCCGGGAUGUGACUUGCGGAGGGCUGGCGGACAGAGCUGCCCCGCCGCCCUCGGCCGCAGCGGACAGCGGACAGAAAAAUGAAAACCUACCCAGCCAUUGGUUUCUUGCUGCUGUUGGUGAUCAGCUAUGGCUCCUCAGAGAACUCCAGCACGCCGCGGGGCUGCGGGCUGGACCUCCUGCCCCAGUACGUGUACCUGUGUGACCUGGACGCCAUCUGGGGCAUCGUGCUGGAGGCCGUGGCGGGGGCAGGUGUGCUCACCACGCUGCUGCUGAUGCUGAUCCUGCUGGUGAGGCUGCCCUUCAUCAAGGACAAAGAGAAGAAGAGCCCCCUGGGAAUGCACUUCCUCUUUCUCUUCGGCACUCUGGGACUGUUUGGGCUGACGUUCGCGUUCAUCAUCCAGGAAGAUGAGAUGGUGUGCUCCACCCGAAGGUUUCUCUGGGGAGUUAUCUUUGCUUUGUGCUUCUCCUGCUUGCUCGCCCAGGCCUGGAGGCUCCGCAGGCUCGUCCGCCACGGCAAGAGCCCGUCGGGGUGGCACCUGGCCGGGGUGGCCACGUGCCUGAUGCUGGUGCAGGUCAUCAUCGCGACCGAGUGGCUGGUCCUGACCGUGGUCAGGGAGAACAAGCUGGCCUGCAGCUACGAGCCCAUGGAUUUUGUGAUGGCCUCCAUUUAUGUCAUGUUCCUGAUGGUAUUUACCCUGGGAUUCUCCUUUUUCACGCUCUGUGGGAAGUUUAAGAAAUGGAAGAAAAACGGAGUUUGCCUCAUUAUAACGCUUUUCUUUUCCAUUCUGAUCUGGGUGGCCUGGAUGACUAUGUACCUGUUCGGGAACGCUGAGCUCCAGAGAAGGGACAAAUGGAGUGAUCCCACUCUGGCUAUUGCACUGGUGUCCAGUGGCUGGGUGUUUGUUAUUUUUCAUGCCAUCCCAGAGGUCCACUGUACCAUCCUUCCAUCACAGCAGGAAAACACGCCCAAUUAUUUUGAUACUUCACAGCCAAGGAUGCGUGAAACCGCUUUUGAGGAAGAUAUUCAGCUUCCCAGGAGCUACAUGGAAAAUAAAGCCUUUUCAAUGGAUGAACAUAAUGCAGCGCUGAGGACGGCAGGAUUUCGGAACGGCAGCUUGGGCAGCCGGCCCAGUGCUCCUUUUAGAAGCAAUGUUUAUCAGCCAACUGAGAUGGCAGUUGUGCUAAAUGGUGGGACUAUACCAACUGCUCCGCCAAGUUACACUGGACGACAUCUCUGGUGAAAGGCUGUAGGCUGUAGAGAAUAAGAAUCCUUGUUGCAGAUGUUGUUCCCUGGCAGUGUGUCUUUGAGGGAAGGAAUCCAUAACAGUACCAGAACAAAGCAACAAAACAUCCAGGAUCUUUCUAAAUCCUGCAGAGGAUUUUGCCUAAAUGUGAACACCAUUGAAUGGAGAAUUGCAAAAGCAAAAUUGUAAAACUGAAGCUGAAUCUAAUUUAAAACAGAAGUAGGCACACCUUAAAUUGGCAGAGGAGAUAUUGUAUUCUGAAGUGUAAGAUAUUCUCUUGUCUGUAACUUGUGUGCCAGGCAAGCCUGGUUUUGGUGCUUGCCAGUUGCUUGCAAAAUCCCUUCCUCUCACCUAAACUUAAUUCAUGUUGCCACAAGAGAUUGCCACUACAGUCCGAAAACACGCGGGAUUUCUUUCCAUUUUUCUCCUUUUCCUGUCAUGUCCAACGUCAUGAGAAGUCCCCUGUUUGCUCCCUCCCUGGCUGUGCUGUACAGUCACACGGCACCGUGUGUGGUCAGGCACGGUCCCUCGGUGGCAGCUCGGUCCCUGUGGCUCUGCAGGCUGAUGCUCUGCUCUGUCAGGAGCUCUGCUCUCACAGGAGCUCUGCUGUUUAGGAGCUCUGCUCUUUCAGCAGCUGUGCUCUCUCAGGAGUUCUGCUGUUCAGGAGCUGAGCUUUUUCAGGAGCUCUGCUGUUCAGCAGCCCUGCUCUGUCAGGAGCUGCCCUGGAGGUGCAGUUCGGAGCUCUGUGCCUGUCCUGGAGGUGCAGUUCGGAGCUCUGUGCCCGUUCUGGAGGUGCAGUUCGGAGCUCUGUGCCCGUUCUGGAGGUGCAGUUCGGAGCUCUGUGCCCGUCCUGGAGGUGCAGUUCGGAGCUCUGUGCCUGUCCUGGAGGUGCAGUUCGGAGCUCUGUGCCCGUCCUGGAGGUGCAGUUCGGAGCUCUGUGCCCGUCCUGGAGGUGCAGUUCGGAGCUCUGUGCGUGUUCCGUGCGCCUUGCGGAGCUCCCCGGGGCAGAGCGAGAAGCGCGGCCCCGGCAGGGGCGGCUCUCCCCGGCCCCAGGGCUGGACUCGGUGACCCGCAGUGUCCCGGGUGCGAGCAGAGCCCAGGCUCCGUCCCUGGCAGGGCUGUUCUGGCCGGGCUGGGCUGGCAGGGGCGCUGGGAGGGCAGGAAGGAGCCCUGCGGAGGGUCAGAGCCCCGAGCCCCCGUUGUUGGUACGAGCGCUCCGCUCCCCUCGGCCGCAGCUGUUCGUGCAUUUCAAUGUGGUUGUGCAUUUUAGUGCCUAGAGAGUAGAAUCUCUGUGCUGGAGGUGGUUUGUUGUUGUUUUUGUUUUUAUUUAAGGUGGUUUCUUCCCUAGUCGUCCCCUCCCCAUGCAGUUUCUUGGGUUGAUAUAAGGCAGAGUUUUCAAGGCUUUUCAUCUUUGUUUUCUCCAGGUUAUUUAAACGGUUCCCAUUGCCCAUUUGUUGUGCCAUGGUUUCUCAUUAUGUUCAAGCAAUCAUUCCUUUCUUUAACAUUUAAUACAUAUCGGACAUUGAAAACAUCACUGUAUCCUCACUGUUUGGCCAAUGUUAAUCUUAGCUUUCCUCAAUACUAAAAGCUAAUUGUUUUUACUUGAAGGCAUAGGAAACAUAUAACAAUUAAACUUUGCAUAUGCUGUAAUAAAAAUAUAUAUUUUCAAACUAAAAAAUAAAAAGUACAAAUAACUGAAUAGCUUAGUAGCUUCACAGAGAGAAGUUACUUGCUGUAUACUGCAGAAGAAAGACAAGCUUUUUAUUUUUCAAGAGUCUUCCUGAUUCCUCAUGUACCUCCAUUUCUACUGAAUUAGAGCCUAGUCCUGCAGACCUGUACUCCCACGAGUAGCCCCAUCAACACCAGUAGGUCUACACAAGGUACAGAGGCUGCAAGACCAGUCCCUAAGUGUUGCACACAGAUAUAUGUGUAUAUAUAUAUAUGGAAAAAUAUCUAUUGCCAUUCUUGCCAUGAUCAUCUUAUGGGGUUUUAUUUCAAAGCCCUUCUCCUCCAGAAGCAAUGUUUUUCUGUCAUGCAUGAGUGAAGGAGUAUGUCAGCUCCCCCCUGCCCUCCCUCCUCGAGGCAAAGGAAGCAUGUGCUUGUUUUAGGGAUCCUUUAUUUCAUUUUGUAUGUAACUAGAUGGCCUUAGUAACCAAGUAGGGUAGGGGUGGAUAUUGCAUGCUAUCCAGUGACUUAGAAAUACAUUUUGCUUGUUAUGAGCAGAGCUUUGAUCAAAUAAGAUAAUAUUUAAGAUAAUUAUAGCCACCCAGAAGACACAUAAUUUGGAACAAUUAAAAAACUAUUACCAUCACUUGCCUGCAGAAUUUUGCUUUUAAAAAAGUUAGGAAAAAAAAUCCCUUAUAAAACUCUUAGCAUAAAAACAUAUAAGAUGACCAUGGCAUAAAUGGUAGGACAGGUUUCUUUUAAAGAGUUUAUCAUGCUACAACCAAGACUUAUGAAUUAUAAUACACAUUUUACAGACCUUUGACAAAAACUAUACAAGACAUAGUUAUCUUAAGAAACUUUCUUUUUCUUUUUCUAGAUAUGACUGAAUUGAUAAAUAGAGUUCCCAAUCCUGCUUCUGAUGAAGUUGUUUGGGAUUUCAGGGCUUAUGCAAAGAUAUGGCCAGAUCUUACAAACUGCAAUUCACAUGACGAGUCUCACUGGGUUAGUCAUGUGGACAUUCACUGAAUUAAAAAUUAGCAGGAUUGGGUUUCAUGUGUGGUGGUGAAUGUGUGGCAAUAGAUUUAGGAGGGUCUUUAUUUUCCAACUUUUUACAAUUAGUGAUGAGCAACUUUUUUUUGUAAGUCACUAGUCUGUGAUGUAAAAUGCCCCAAAAUAAAACAGUAAUUGAAGAAAGGCACCUUUAUGUUAACUUAUAUUUUUGUUACAGUAUUUACUUUUGCCUUUUUUGAAAGUUUUCUAGAAUGUAGAGCAUCUGUGAACAACAUGAAUAAGUAACUAAGCACAAGCCUUUCGCAGUUCUCCUGAUUAAAAUUAGCUUUUAUACUAUAAAAGCUACUAUGUUGUCCCUUGAUGGUUACGUGCUCAUGGUGUUUCCAUGCAGAAAAAUGAAAUCAAAAAGCAUCUGACAAAAGCAUCUAUUAGCAAAACAAGAUGUAAAAUGACCAGCUUUGAUCAAUGGCAGGAAAAGAGUUCAAAGUCCUACAGAUUUCAGCUUUCAGAUGGGUUGAGGGUGUUUGAUUUUGACACUUGCCAGAAAAUAUGUAGCAUCUUCAGAAGAACACUCUCAAUACAUCCAGCUGCUUCUAUAAACAAGGUACAUGAAAUACUUUAGAAUGAGCUGUUUCUGCUUUUAUUCUAAACACAGGCAUCUUGCUUGGCUCUGUCUGAGCUCGAUGCCUUGGGUCUAACCAAAGGCCAUACAAAAGGGAGCAUUGUAGCUUUUAUAACAAAACAAUUGGAUUAUUCUAUCAAUUUACAGGAUUACAAAGCAGGUGCUUUUUAUUAAUUGAUGAGAGCUAAAGCUCAUUUUUGAUAGAUAAUAUAUAUUUAUUAAAUGUAUUAACGUGUGUUUUAUAACGUACCCUUUUUUCCUGCUGAUUGUUGCAUACUGGUAUCUUAUUAAGUACAUCUUUCAAGGGUUUUCAAGACAAUCAAUGUGUACCAUGAUGACUGUACAUAAGUAUACAAAACUACAAAGGUUGUAAAGCAUGGGCAAAUGUUUUAUUUUCAAAAUGCUGUUCUUAACGAGAAUAAAGGCUUUACUAUUUACUUACAA